AUGAAGGAACAACUCCGAAGGCGCGAAAAAGAGAACCAGUCACCGUUGCGUUGGUCGCCGCCAUCUUCUGCAGCUCUGGUGGCUGCAGCACUCGCGCCCCCGACCCUACGACCUUGGCUACCAGAGCCUCCCACGAAGAAGUCCAACCAUUUGGGUAAGACAGGUCUGAUAUGCGUUGUCUGCGGCGACACGAGCUCCGGGAAGCACUACGGGAUCCUCGCCUGCAACGGCUGCAGUGGAUUCUUCAAAAGAUCCGUCAGGAGGAAACUUAUUUACCGGUGUCAAGCUGGUACCGGCCGCUGCGUCGUGGAUAAGGCGCAUAGGAAUCAGUGCCAAGCGUGCAGACUGAAGAAGUGCCUCGCCAUGGGAAUGAAUAAAGAUGCCGUGCAAAAUGAAAGGCAGCCCAGGAAUACCGCGACCAUUCGGCCUGAAGCUCUGCGGGAGAUGGACCAGGAAAGAGCCCUGCGGGAAGCGGCGGUGGCUGUGGGCGUUUUCGGACCCCCUGUAUCCCUGGCGAUGGCGUUGUCACCGGCGCGCUACCCACUGCUGUCGCCACCCUACGCGCCGCCCCAGCCGCCGGCGCAGCCCGACUCCUCGAGGGACCACGACGACAGAGCACACACCGAUAGUGACGAUGACAGCAUUGAUGUGACCAACGAAGAGGACUCGACUUCUUACUCACCACCAGCUCUGACCUAUGGACAGAACUGCGCUCCGUAUAGGCCACUUGGCGUGGAGAGUGCAGCCGAGACGGCAGCCCGUCUCCUGUUCAUGGCCGUGAAAUGGGCCAAGAACCUACCUUCGUUCGCCAGCCUGGCCUUCAGAGAUCAGGUAAUUCUGCUGGAGGAGUCGUGGUCGGAGCUAUUCCUUCUGAACGCCAUCCAGUGGUGUCUGCCGCUCGACGCCGCCUGCACGGCCCUCUUCGGGAACGAUCAGCUCGAUCAAGAGGGCGGGGGCUCGUCGGCGGCGCUGCGGCGGCUGCGCGAGGUGCUGUCCCGGUACCGCGCCGUGUUCGUAGACCCGGCGGAGUUCGCCUGCAUGAAGGCCAUCGUGCUCUUCAAGUCAGAAACGCGCGGUCUCAAAGACCCUCUCCAGAUCGAGAACCUGCAAGACCAAGCGCAGGUGAUGCUGAUGACGCACGCGCGGACGGCCCACGGCGCGGCCCCCGCCAGGUUCGGUCGCCUGCUACUGCUGCUGCCGCUGCUACGCAUGGUCGCGCCCUCGCAGCUCGAACGAGAAUUCUUCUCGAAAACGAUAGGGCAAACACCUAUGGAAAAGGUACUGGCCGAUAUGUAUCGAAAUUGA